AUAAUCGGCCUAUACUCUAAAACGUGAAUUAAGACAUUUGGACAAAAAUGACAAUGAUUUAUACUACUAAGCGCAAAUAUUAGGUGGGGUAAUCUUGUGGUAUUUAGACCCUUUCCAAGUGCUAUAUAGUCCUAAUGGCUUAACACUUUCUCCUGAUAAUCACCUUGUGGCAUUGCAUGACGUCACGGCUCGCUAGACUAUCCAGCUGUGGGUAUGGGCUCAACAUAGUGAGCGGACCUUAAGUAAUGUUGAUCAUAUAUCAGCAUCUUCCGUAAUAUUUAUAAAGUUCUAAAUUCAAGUAGCCAUAAUAUAGCAAUACUGGCUCAGUGUUUUCUCUUGAUAAUCACUUACUUACUCUCAAAUAAAUAUUUAUUAACAUACGACUGUUACACUAAUUUGACGAAAAUGUAAAACUAAGUACCAUAAAUAAUCAUAAUAAUAAUAAAAAGAGUAAGAAGAGUAAUGAUGCCUGAUAUUGAUAUAUAAUUCCAAAUAAUGAUAUUCCAGACAGAAGUUCGAGGGGGUAAGAUGAAGAUGAGGACCUACGUGGUGGUGGGGAUGAGUGUGGGAUUGAGCCUGCUGGCGUUGAGUGUCUGGCUCCUGCCUCAAGGGUACCAGCAGCCGGAGUUGGGGAUCCAGACGGCGCCCCUGGCGGACCAGCCCGAGGUGCAGCUGACCGCUGGCCGCGUCUCCGGCAGCAAGGAGAUCGUCGGGGGUGACAGAAUCGUCUACUUGUUCAAGGGCAUCCCCUACGCCCGCCCGCCCCUCGGACGCCUCAGGUUCAAGGCUCCGCUGGCGCCCAAGCCAUGGAAGGGAGUGAGGGAGUGCACCAGCUGGCCCUCUGUGUGUCCCUACGCCUUCUUCGACAAUAAUGUCAACGGCAGAGAAGAUUGUCUGUACCUCAACGUCUUCACCCCUCUGCUUGAGGAGAGAGAUGCCAAGCUACCGGUGAUGGUGUACAUUCAUGGGGGAGCCUUCCAGACUGGAGGCGCUACUAACUACCACUACAUGCCUCUGCUCACCCAGGACGUCGUCCUCGUCACCAUACACUACCGUCUGGGAGUCCUCGGUUUUCUGUCGACGGAGGACGAGGUUUUGCCAGGGAACCUGGGGCUAAGGGACCAGACCCUCGCCCUCGCUUGGGUUAGGGACAACAUUGCUCACUUUGGCGGUGACACUGAGAGAGUGACCAUCUUCGGAAACAGUGCUGGAAGUGCCUCCGUGCACCUCUUGAUGUUCAAUCCACACGCCAAAGGUCUGUUCUCACGAGCCAUCAUGCAGUCAGGGAGUGCCUUGGACCCUUGGGUGGUGAGGAAUGACCACAAGUCAGUGGCCUUCAAAAUCGGCCAGAUGAUUGGCUGCCCGACACCAGACGUUGUAUCUGAGAGCAACACCAGUGACAGUAAGGCCUUGAAAAGGUGCUUGCAGAAAGCCUCACUGAGCUCUCUCGUCCCUGCCUCCAGGAAAUUCUCGAUAUGGUGCUGGCUGCCGUGGGUUGCUGUCCCCCGGGUGGACGGAGACCACCUGCCCGACCACCCCGCAGCGCUCCUGAAGGAGGGACGCUUCCACCACGUCCCCGUCAUCUCCGGCGUCAGUCAGCACGAAGGCGUCUUCAUUACCUCUACUCUCUACAGGUCCAAGAAUGUGCAGGAGGAGCUGGUUCAUAAGUUCCAGGUGGUGGGGCCCCGGGCAGCGCUGCUGUUCCAGGAGGGUGACAACCAGCCCCUCACCCUCGCUAGACUGGUCUUCCAGCACUACGUGGGUGAUGUGAGAGCCAGGGAUACUGACAAGGACGCCUUGAUACAGUUGUUUGGUGAUCGGUUGUUCAACAUUGGUCACGACGAAACUCUGCUCUUCACCAGCAGGCACCAGCAACAACCUGUUUUUGCCUAUGAGAUGAAGUACCUUCAACACGGCCAAAAAUAUGUGCUUCACUCUCAAGAGUUGCAGUACCUCUUUAAGCGACCUGGAUGGGAUCCACGACCUGGAAAGAGCGACAAAGAUGAUUUUAGCCAACUCAUGGUUAAGCUCUGGACAAAUUUUGCCACCAAAGGAGACCCGACACCAGACGACUCCCUGGGCUUCAGGUGGGAGGCUAUGUCGGACUCCAGUACCACACACCUCCGUCUCGCUCCCUCUCCUCUCAUGGAGAACGACACCAGGGAGGAGGCUCGUCAGUUCUGGGCCUCCCUCCCCACCCGCCACAACCAACUGCUCUACCCGGAGCGCGCCAACCAUUACCUCGCCUUCUUCGACAACCUCAAGAACAUUCCUAGCAAUAAAUUGGUGAUGAAGACUGCAGAGCAGUAGAUGAUCGACCGACUUUUUAUUUAACUUGAAGAAAGUUUAUUGAGAAAUUUGAAAGCCUUUUUUUAAGAAAGACUUGAGGAAUUUGAUUUUGUGAUUAUACAGUACAUGAUAGCAAUUUCAUCUUCGAUUGUCUUUGAACAACAUAUUUUUUUGGAUCUCAAAAUCAUUGACGAAAGCCGUGUUAUUCUCUAUCCCAAGACCAUAAAAAAAGAUCUCUCAAAUUGACCAAAAUAUUUUCUUCUGUUUGAAAAAUAAAGAAUACAUAGUGAAUGAUAAA